AUGCUCGCUAUUAUGGCGAGCUCCGCCGAAACUUGCCUGCAGCCGCCCCUCCCGCGCGCCUCCGCCUCCUCUCGUGCGUUCCUCCUGCUCAUCGCAGCCGUCCAUCUCCUGCCCUGGGACUGCCGCGCUGCCGUCCACUCAGACUCGGCCUUAGGUUCCGCGUUGCCUGCGCGACACGGCUUCAGAGGACGAGGCCUGGCCGACGCGGACUCCAACCGCGUUCCUCCUUCCAGCGCCGAUCGCGCCAGUCUUGCCGCGAUUUACGGCACCAGGGACGCGCUCCUCACGGAUCAGCUCCGCAGACAGGCAUCGAUCACCGGCUUACCCACGAAUCGCGUGAACGGAAAAUGCGCCCUAGCACGUCUCAAAUUCGGCGCAAUAUACACGUUUGGCGACUCGCUCUCUGAUGUUGGCAACAACAACUACGGCCGCUUGGUCAGUUUCUAUCGCGCGAACUUCCCUCCUUACGGAAUGAACUUUAUCCCCGCUAGUGGGAGGUUCAGUGAUGGCAAACUCGUUAUUGACUAUCUCUCAGAAUAUUUUGAGCUGCCCGCCGCCCCUGCAGCCUUCCAGCCUGGCAUCAACAGCAGUGCCGCCCAAAACGGGCUCAACUUCGCCAGCUCAGGGGCGGGUGUGCUGGACACCUCGACUCCAGAUAAGGGCUUCCCACUCUCCGUGCAGCUCUCGAGAUUCUCGGAGCUGGGCGGGCUGCAAGCAGCAGACCAAUCCGACUCCCCACCUCUCGCGAUCGUGUCCAUGGGUACCAAUGAUUAUAUCGCGUUUCUUGAAAAGGGGAUCAACAUGGGCCGUCAGUUGGAUCCCUCUGAGCUGCAACGACUUGCUGAGCUGCUUCCGCAGUCGCAGAGCCUGAUUACCGCUGUGGUUAGGGGGAUCACUGACGCUGUGCGAACUCUGUACGCCUCUGGCUUCCGCCACUUCCUUCUCUUCGACACGCUACCAAUCGGCUGCACCCCCAUCGGCCUAGCAACCAUUGCCGAAGCCCGCGGCCAGCUCUUAAAUGAGCCAGCUCCCUUAUACUGCACCCCUGCAGUGAACUUGAUCACAGGGGAGCACAGUGCAGUGCUGGCACUGGCAUUAGAUUAG